AUGUCCCCUAGCAAGCCGCAGAUGGCUAACACGGUCUCUAGAUACAACGCUGGUCAUCUCAUUGAAGGUGCACUUGCCCAUCGUCUCUUUUUUAAGAAUGAUGACAUGCUAUCUCCCAUACUAAAGUAUGUGGACCUUCUUGCAGCAAACUUCGGAGACCAGGAUGCUCAAAUUCCCGGAUAUCCUGGGCACCCUGAGAUUGAGCUUGCUCUCCUGCGGCUGUUCAAAGUCACAGGAGAUGAAAAGCAUCUCAAGCUAGCCCAAUUCUUCAUUGAAGAACGAGGUAAUCCUUCGAGUGGAAAAACAAAAAGGCACUACUACGACAUCGAAGCUGAAGCAAGAGGCGAGAAAGAGCAUGAACGACCUGCAUACUUCCCCGCCUCCAGGAGCUACUCUUACCAACAAGCACAUGUGCCGAUUGUUGAGCAAGAAACAAUUGAAGGACACUCAGUUCGAGCCAUGUACCUGCUCACAGCAGUUACAGACCUCGUUCGGAUAUUCCGACCUGACAGUAAAGUGGGAACCACUUUCUUGCCUGCUGUCAACCGGCUCUGGUCGAACAUGGUUGAGCGGAAGUCCUAUGUAACCGGCGGGAUUGGAGCUAUAAAGCAAUGGGAGGGCUUUGGUAUUGACUACUUCUUACCUCAUGGAACUGAUGAGGGCGGCUGCUAUGCAGAGACUUGUGCUGCGAUUGGAGUCAUGAUGCUUUCUGAGAGGCUGCUACAGAUUGAUCUCGGCAGCCAUUACGCUGACAUCAUGGAGCUGUGUCUUUACAACGCAGUAUUGACUGGUAUGAGUCUGGAUGGGAAGGCAUUCACCUAUGUGAAUCAGCUGGCUUCCUCGGACAAUGACAUUUCCGAGCGCCACGAAUGGUUCGAAUGUGCUUGUUGUCCACCAAAUGUUACACGCACCUUAGGUUACAUGGGUGGGUAUAUCUGGAGUCACAAUGCGACAGAGACUAGCGCCAUCAUCAAUGUGCACCUAUAUACCUCGGCCACUCUACGCGUUCCUGUUUCAGAAUCGGUAGUUGAAAUCACCCAGAAGACCGACUGGCCUUGGAAUGGGGACGUGGAUUUCAGCAUCCAGACAAAUGGACCCCCUAUUGAUCUCCAAGUGAGACUGAGGAUCCCUGGUUGGGCAGGAUCAUGGCAGGCAAGUUGA